AUGACAAAACUAGUAGUGUUUGAGGGAAGUGGACUAAAUAAAAAAAGAAAAGAAGAAUAAGGUGUCUCCAACUGGUAGAAGGGUAUGACGGAGAGACAGAAAACCAGAAACUUCUAGCAUAGAAAUACGAGACAACAACGUAAAACGAUGGGAUCUUCCUCACAGAAUCGAAACCCAGAACUAAGGAAAGACGCUGUGUGGAACCGAUGGGUCAUAUUCUCACCCGCCAGAGCCAAAAGACCCUCCGAAUUCAAAUCCAAAUCUCCUACCGACCCAAACCCCAACCAACAAUGCCCCUUCUGCAUUGGCCACGAGCACGAGUGCGCGCCCGAAAUCUUUCGGGUCCCGCCCCAUGACCCGAAUUGGAAAAUCCGGGUCAUCCAGAACCUCUACCCCGCUCUCUCCCGCACCCUCCCCGAACCGGACCUCACCCCCUCCGGUUCGGUUCUGGACGGGUUCGGGUUCCACGACGUGGUGAUCGAAACCCCCGUUCAUCCGGUUCAGCUCUGCGAUUUGUCUCCUCCAGAAAUUGCCCAGGUUUUCCUCGCUUAUACCAAGAGAAUCCAAGAACUCGCCACUCAUAACUCUAUCAAAUACGUGCAGGUGUUUAAAAACCAUGGUGCUUCAGCUGGUGCAUCAAUGAGCCAUUCACACAGUCAGAUGAUGGCCCUGCCAAUUAUUCCACCUAAUGUUUCUGCACGUCUUGGUAGUGUGAAAGAUUAUUUUGAUCAGACAGGGAAAUGUUUUAUUUGUGAAAUUCAACGUGAUGAUCUUUUGAUUGAUUCAUCUACCAACUUCUUUUCAAUGGUUCCUUUCGCUGCUACAUUUCCUUUUGAGAUAUGGAUUGUUCCUCGGUAUCACUCUCCUCACUUUCAUGAAUUGGAUGCUGAAAAGGCUGUUGAACUUGGAGGCCUGUUGAAACUAAUGCUUAGGAAGAUGUCUUUGCAGCUGAACAAUCCACCAUUCAACUAUAUGAUUCAAACUAGUCCACUUCAUGUUAAGGAGUCUGAGUUAGCAUACACUCAUUGGUUCAUACAGAUAGUACCUCAACUGAUUGGGAUAGCAGGUUUUGAGAUUGGAACUGGAUGUCACAUAAAUCCUGUGUUCCCCGAGGAUGCUGCAAAGGUUCUAAGGGAAGUGAAGGUUCCAGAUUCAGGAUAAAGCUAGUAGAAACAACAUUUUGGUAACCUAAUCUCAAACUUGUAGUUAAUUUUUUUUUUUUAUUCACAUAUAUGAUGGUCAACCUUUUCUUCUCACAGUUUAUUUACUCUGAGCCUCCUAAUGAGGAAGUUUCAGCUCUUACACGAGUCUUGAAUCUUAGUCUUAAAACCUGGAAAUUUGAAAUAAGCUAUUCAUAGUGCAUAAAUGGAUAUGGAUUCAUUGAGAAAACGAUCAUGCUGAUAGGGGAAAGGCAACUUCACUUCUGAUAAUUUUGAUAUGUUUUUCGGGUUAUGGCAAGGUUCCGUUUGUGCUAGCUUAUGAGUCAA